CUGAAAACCUCCAGCGAAGAAGAAGUACCCGGAACAAUAACAGACUUGGAAAUUUGGACAUAUUGAGACACAUCGUCUCUUGUUGACUGUGAUUUCCAAUGGCGUCACAUCUUAAAGCUUAUACGAGUGAUAAUGGACCGUUGAUUCUGGACGGUGGACUAGCAACACAGCUGGAGGCGCAAGGAGCUCAUUUACAGGGAGAUCCACUGUGGAGCGCAAGACUUUUGCAAACUAAUCCCCAGGCCAUACGUGAUGCUCAUUACAGGUUUCUUCUCAGUGGUGCUGAUGUUGUCACCACGGCUACAUACCAGGCCAGUAUUCCAGGAUUCAUCCGUCACAUGGACGUGAGCUCUGAAAGUGCCAGAGAGCUGCUGAUGUCUGGUGUUCAACUGGCCAAAGAUUCAGUGAGGCGCUUUGUUUCUGACGGUCGUCCAACAGAGCAGAGACGUCCCUUGGUGGCAGGCUCUGUUGGACCAUACGGGGCGUUUCUGCACAAUGGCUCAGAAUACACUGGGGCUUAUGCAGAGGAGAUGAGUGUUGAGGAUCUUAAAGUUUGGCAUCGGUCACAGGUCGAGUGUUUAGCCGCAGCAGGAGCUGAUCUAAUUGCUUUCGAGACAAUUCCGAGUCUCAAAGAGGCGUCGGCUCUGGUGGAGCUGCUCAGAGAAUUUCCAAACUCUAAAGCCUGGCUCUCCUUCUCCUGUAAGGAUGGGAGGUGUAUAUCAGACGGCAGCCCGUUCACAGAUGCAGUGCAGAUCGCCAACAGAUCCACGCAGCUGGUGGCUGUGGGAGUCAACUGCUGUUGUCCGGCCUUCGUGGAGCCGCUGCUGGACUAUGCAGGAUCCCUGUUGAGCCCAGACAUGAGCUGGGUGGUUUACCCCAACAGUGGAGAAGAGUGGGACACUCAGCAGGGGUGGCUGAAAUCAGGAAAAACAUCAGCAUCGAUAGCUGAACUCUGCAAUACGUGGAUGAACCAAGGUGCUUCUUUAAUAGGCGGCUGCUGCCGUGUCAGUCCCGCUCACAUCGCUGAGAUACGACGACAGCUGAGAGGAAGUGACGCGUCUCGAGCCUCUGCUCUUCAACUGGACUGAAUAUGUUACGGCAACUUUUGAAAGAAGAAAGUCUCUUCUGGGAGUUUGUAAAAAAUCUUAAUUUAUUGUAAAUGACAUAAAUAAAUAAAACACUACACCAGAUCCAUGUGAGUACACAAUGAUGUAAGUUGGGUCAAGAACAAAUGGCACCUUUUAAGGUCAAAG